ACGGCUGCGGGCGGUGGCCCUAAGGCGGCGGCUUCGGGGUAGGGUCCCGGCCCGGAGUGGCGAUGCUGCAGCUGCGGGACUCGGUGGACUCCGCGGGCACGAGCCCCACGGCCCUGCUGGCGGCCGGCGAGGACGUGGGGCCGGGCAGCGCGGGCGGGGCCCGGGCAGGGGUGGGCACGCCACUGCGCCAGACGCUGUGGCCGCUCAGCGUCCACGACCCCACGCGCCGCGCCCGCGUCAAGGAGUACUUCGUGUUCCGGCCCGGCACCAUCGAGCAGGCCGUGGAAGAGAUCCGCGCCGUUGUCCGGCCCGUGGAGGACGGCGAGAUCCAGGGGGUGUGGCUGCUGACCGAGGUGGACCACUGGAACAACGAAAAAGAGCGUCUGGUGUUGGUCACUGACCAGUCGUUGCUCAUCUGUAAGUACGACUUCAUCAGCCUUCAGUGCCAGCAGGUGGUCAGGGUGGCACUCAGUGCAGUGGACACCAUCUCCCACGGAGAGUUCCAGUUUCCCCCCAAAUCUCUCAACAAGCGAGAAGGCUUUGGGAUUCGCAUCCAAUGGGACAAGCAGAGUCGUCCUUCUUUCAUAAACAGAUGGAACCCCUGGUCCACAAACGUGCCCUAUGCCACUUUCAUAGAGCACCCAAUGGCUGGUGUGGAUGAAAAGACGGCUUCUCUGUGCCAGUUGGAAAGCUUCAAGGCUCUGUUAAUCCAAGCUGUCAAAAAAGCCCAAAAAGAAAGUCCUCUGCCAGGACAAGCGAAUGGUGUGCUGGUCUUGGAGCGGCCCCUGCUCAUCGAGACCUACGUGGGAUUGAUGUCCUUCAUCAACAACGAGGCCAAACUGGGUUAUUCCAUGACCAGAGGCAAGAUUGGCUUCUAGACAGCUCAGCGUGGAGCCAUCCCCCAAGGAAAGCCUUGUUGAGGGGAACUCGGGAAUGCGGGAGACCUCAAGCCAGCCCGCUGCUACUGGAGGGAGGACCGGGGUGGCCACCUUUGGGGAUCUGAUGUUAUUAGCAUGGUCCAGUGAAUUCCUUAGUGAGCUACAGAGAGGGGCAGAGACGUAGCUGACCCCGUGCUGCUGCCGUUCGUGUCCCCUCAAGUGACCAUUAGCUUCUUGUGGUUUCCUGCCCAGCCCCUGCAGCAUGCUUCGAGUCUGUGGGCGCAUCUGCGCGCCUCGCUGUGUAGACCUCAGUAUGGGGAGGAGCCUGGCAUCUCCAGUGCCUGCACUUGCACAUGUGUUUACACUCAUGUCAAAUUUUGUAUUUUUGAAAUUUUAUCCAUUUUUUUAAGCAAAAUACAAAGCAGCCUACAGACUGGUCACAGCAGUCUGUGCCUUGUCAGAGCCUA